AUGGCUUUAGGAAAUGCCUCUUCAGUGAAAGAAUUUAUCCUGCUGGGCUUGACACAGCAACUGGAACUGCAGAUGCCUCUCUUCUUCCUCUUCUUGGGAAUCUAUGUGGUCUCUGUGGUGGGGAAUCUGGGCUUGAUUAUUCUGAUUGUUUUGAAUCCUCACCUGCACACCCCCAUGUACUACUUUCUCUUCAACCUUUCCUUCACAGAUCUCUGCUACUCCACUGUCAUAACCCCCAGAAUGCUGGUGGGUUUUGUGAAGCAGAACAUCAUCUCUCAUGCUGAGUGCAUGACUCAGCUCUUUUUCUUUGCCUUUUUUGUUAUUGAUGAAUGUUACAUUCUGACAGCAAUGGCCUAUGACAGAUAUGCUGCCAUCUGUAAGCCCCUGCUUUACCAGGUCACCAUGUCUCGCCAGGUCUGCCUCCUGAUGACAAUGGGUGUAUAUGUGAUGGGCUUUCUGGGUUCCAUGGCUCACAUAGUUUGCAUGCUGAGACUCGACUUUUGUAAUGGCAACAUCAUCAAUCACUAUGUAUGUGAUGUACUUCCUCUCCUUAAACUCUCCUGCACAAGCACCUUCAUCAAUGAGCUGGUAGUUUUCAUUGUUGUGGGUGUCAAUGUGAUAGUGCCUAGCCUGACUCUCUUUGUUUCUUAUACCUUGAUCCUUUCCAACAUCCUCAGCAUCCAUUCUGCAGAAGGUAGGUCAAAAGCCUUCAGUACCUGUGGCUCCCAUGUCAUAGCUGUUUCUCUUUUCUUUGGAGCUGCAGCAUUCAUGUAUCUUAAGCCUUCUAGUGCAUCUGUGGAUGAUGAUAAAGUAUCUACCAUCUUUUAUACCAUUGUUGGUCCAAUGCUGAACCCUUUUAUCUACAGUAUAAGGAAUAAGGAUGUCCACCUUGCACUGAGAAAAACGAUGAAAAGGAGUUUUACAUAA